AAGAAGAUGACCAAGACGGUAUGUGAAGAGGAUGAAGACGUUAAAGGAUUUGAAAUCAAUUUUCAUGGUUUAAUAGUGGUAUAUGAAUAGGAUGAUGACGAGAAGGAUCUAAAAUUAAUUUCAAGGAUCGUGGGUUUGGUGAUGGUCGUUGGAGGAUCUGAAAUCGAGCAACAAUAAAGAAACUGAACAGAAAAAAGAGCAAAUUUCCAUCCUUGUUUAGUAGAAAUCAAACAAAGGUGUACAUCUAAUGGUUUCAUGUCAUCGAUGGUGGAGAUGGUCCAAUGGUUGCAAUGGUCUAGUGGUUUUUGACAGCCGAUGGUGGAUUUACAGUGUAGAUCGGCAGGUGGUCUAGUUGUUUCGAGCGGUAUGGUGGUGGAUCUAAAAUCGAGAAACAAUUGGUGGUGAUUACUGGAGGAUCUGAAAUCAACCAACAAUGGAUUCAAGUCUUCAUCAUUCUCCCAUAGUGCAUAGGGUAAUCCUCCAUCCCUUAAUUCAAAAAAAGUUGAAGAUCGAUUGGAUCAUCUCGAGGCUGACGUUGCUGAAAUCAAACAAGUUGUGUGACCCCCUAACACUUUCGCCUUUGUUCAUCCUCCUCCUCCCAACAAUCAUCCGCCACCGCCACCACCUCCUCCAACACAUCCUCCACCUCCUCUUCAUCCCUCAAAUCUACUUUCUGAUGGGAUAUGAGCCAUCGUCAAAGACCAAAUCGGGACAACAGAAGCAACAAUAUUUUCUGGUCUCGCCAGUUAAUCGAACUUGA